UAAAAGCGAGGGAAGACGCUGUCAGCUCAUAAACCUCCAGGAUCUGUCCUUAAGGACCACCAAGAGCUCAGAGAAGGGGAGAGAAACCAUCAUCAUCACUGCCAGCGGUGCCUCUGGGUGGGAACGAAGAGAACUUCAAUACUUUUCAGUCCAGGGAAAAAUAAAAGCAAUGAAACCGGCAAGCCUCUUCGUCUUGGCAUCUUUUCUGAUCUGCAACUUGGCGGUGUCAGAAGAACAGGGUCUCCCUGCUGAGGAUGAGAUGGACCGAAGUACCACUAUUGACAACAUUAUACUACAGAGGGCACAGGACAUCCUGUUACGCUCUAUUCUCAAAAAGCUGCAAAAUGAAAACGACAGAAAUGAUGGGAUUUUCUCUCAGCCAGAAUGGGUGACAAAAAGACAGCAUCCCGGUAAACGGUACUUGGAGGAUCUGGAGAAGCGGCAGCAUCCGGGCAGAAGAGAAGGGGGCGACGACGCGCAGCUCUGGGAUGUGCAGAAAAGACAGCACCCCGGCAAGCGCGAAGACGAGAUGCAUUCGUUCCUGGAUUUCCAGAAGAGGCAGCAUCCAGGGAAGCGCUCCACCGUGGAGUACAUUCCCGACAGCCCCACCGCACUGCUCGGCGAACUUUCAAAGCGACAGCACCCGGGCAAGCGCUACCUGGUGCUGCACAGCAAGCGCCAACACCCAGGUAAGCGCUUUCUGGAAGAAGAGGACGGAGAGGCGGGCUUGUUUGAGGAUGGAGAGGAAGAUGCGAGCGAGCUGGAGAAGCGUCAGCAUCCAGGGAAACGCUUUUGGGAUAACUCCAGUCCGGAAUUAAGCACCAGCAAUCCAUGUGAAGUUUUGGACUCUGACAGCUGCAGUAAGACCAGCCUGCUGCUCGACUUUCUGGAAAACAUCAACAAAAGUCAGGAGAAGAGACAACACCCCGGGAAAAGGUUUGCACCAGAGGAGGAUCUGGAGGAAAGAGAGUAGCAAAGAAUAUACACAGCUCCUCUGCUUUAUAUGUAUUAUAAAUAAGUUAUCAGAAUGAAAUAUUAAAAAAAAUAUUUUAAUUAUUUAACCCUUUGAGCCACUUUUCUUUGGCACACAGUUUGUAACAUUUACGCAAAGGAUUAAUCUGAAAUUCUUUGGAGGGCUUGUGCGUAAUCUCAAAAUCUUCGAACUUUGCUGUAAAUACAGAUUCAACAGAAGGGAUAUGCUGAUGUAGAUAUAGUUAUUUUUCAGUUAUGUUAGUAUUUAAUUAUGUUUACUGGAAUAUUUAUGACACAACAUAGGAUUAUAAGUACUGGCUUAAGCAAUGUUGCCUCUGUGAGGGAGCAAAGCUCUGUCAGUGUAGCACAUACCCUGAGUCCAAAAAUAAUGAAAACUGCCUCGCUUGCAUUAAAUAAAUUUAUUGAAUGAUUGAA